CUCUAUUUCAAAAUGGUCAUGCGUUAAUGAUGGAAUGACCCCUGUAGUUGGGGAGUUAAAAAUAAUUUUACUCAAAAGUUUACCCCAAAAGAAACUCCGACAUCCGUCCCAGCCGCUCGCUCCAUCCUCAGCCGGCCAGACCUCACCAUCAGCCAGUGCCCACUUCUGCAGCUGCUGGCUCUUUCUGGAAAGCAAUAGAAUUUGGAAUUGGAAAGAAAGUUUGACUAUUUCGAAAUUUUGACUGAGGAAAAUUUGCUUAAAAGUUCCCACCCCAUUUUUCUGUCCGUAUCUGUUCAGACUCUCAGAUCUAUGUUGUGAUUUUCAGUGUACUUUCUCCCUACUUGAGCUCCAUUCCUUCUUGAGGCGUUCCCCUAAGGGUUUCAGUUUGAGUGAAGAGGUCAGGAUUCAUCACAAAUCAUACUGAAAGUUUCUUAAAAUUCCAAAAGAAGAUGGAAGGAUUAGAACAAUUGAAGACACAAGCAGGACGAUUGAAGAAAUUGGCAGGGCAAUGGUCAUCUCAAGCCCUUGAAUACAUUCAUCAGGUUCCAUCUGAACAGAUUUAUGCUGCUGUCGCCAUCUUGCUGUUUACCUCAUUUUUACUCUUACUGGUUAGGUUGUUCAAACGCCCAAAAGCUAAUACCAUACUGCUGACUGGGCUUAGCGGGAGUGGAAAGACUGUUCUUUUCUAUCAACUGCGGGAUGGCUCUUCUCAUCAUGGUACUGUGACAUCAAUGGAACCAAAUGAGGGAACUUUUGUGCUCCAUUCUGAAAAAUCGAAGAAUGGAAAGGAAAAUCCUGUUCAUCUUAUUGAUGUUCCUGGGCAUUCUCGGCUUAGAGCCAAACUAGACGAUGUCCUGCCUCAAGCAGCUGGUAUAGUAUUUGUGGUUGAUGCUUUGGAGUUCUUACCAAAUUGCCGUGCUGCUUCAGAGUACCUGUAUGAUAUUUUGACUAAGGUGAGUGUGGUGAGGAAGAAAAUUCCAGUUCUUAUUCUCUGCAACAAGACAGACAAAGUGACAGCACAUAGCAAGGAAUUUAUUCGAAAACAAUUGGAGAAAGAAAUUGACAAAUUGCGUGCAUCAAGAAGUGUGAUAUCAACAGCUGAUAUUGCAAACGACGUUACACUUGGAGUGCCUGGCGAACCAUUUUCUUUUUCCCAAUGCCAGAACAAAGUUAAAGUUGCAGAAGCUUCUGGUGUAACUGGUGAAAUAUCUGAGGUGGAGCAAUUUAUCAGGGACCAUGUGAGGUCUUAGUAUGUUUCAUCCUAUUUCAUGAAUUUGUCAUGGAUUUCUUUGAGAGUUGAGUUUAAUUAUUGUUUUGUUGAUGAUUGGAGGUAAAAAAAAAAAACUCAACGAAGAUGCUCAAAACCAUUUGAAAGUUUCAAGUAAAGUGGAUUGUGUUCAUGCUGAUCAA